GCUGGUUAGCAGACGAGUUGGCGAACGGAGGGGAGGCCAGCUCGAACGCGGAGCCGAGUGUUCCAGCGAGGAGAGACGACGAAAGGAAAGGGGAGGACGAAGAGAGAGCCGCCUUCAAAAAUGGCGUCCCCGAUGAAAAUGAGUAAAGAUGUAUUAUUUUUUUUUAAAAACGCGGCCGGCCUGCUUUUUGGUUAAUCUUCCUCGCUCGCUUUGUACUUUAUAACCACUUCCUCUAUAUGUGGGCGCUUUUUAAUUGAAUACCAGAAGGCGUGCACGUACGCAGUUGGCAUUACUGAGGGCGAAAUAACACCCCUUUUAUUCUUAUGCGGCUAGCUGUUAGCAUCCUGACAGAGGAGGAGGAGGGGUGCUUCACGGCGGUGGACAUUUGCAUGAAAAGGACAAACAUUCAAAUUAGGGAUUUCUCCGCUUGCGGUGUGCGCGUGUGUAUAGUGAGAACGCUCGCUACCAACGUGGAUGUCCAGCCUGUCCUUUGCCAUAUUUUUAUAUGGCGCUAGGCUGCGUAGCCUAAAAAACUAGCCCAAAGAAAGGGGAGGAGGCACCACGGAGAGAGAGACAGAGAGUGAGAGAGAGAGAGGAAAAAGAGGGGACGCGUUGGAAAUCAAAUGUUCAUCAGCGUUUCGCCCAUUGGCGGCCAAAUCCGCGACAUCUUCAUCAUGAGCCGGACCGAAUUCGGACUACCUUCGUGGAAAUGAUAAACGUGGAAGGAGGAAAAUGAGGAAGAGUGUCUUUUAUCGAGCUGGUUGGAUUAUAACCCCGUAGACCCCCCUCUUUUUUUCAUCCAGUUUUUUCCUCCUCCCCUCCAUUUCUCUUUCAAUAUGCUGUUUUCCACUCCGGAGGACUGGCUUAUGAAACCGGGGAAAAUUGCCUGAAACGGAGCUCGGGAAAGACUGGAUUUUUUUUUCCUCCCCCGCCUUGCGACGUCGCUUUCGCAUGCGCCCCCCUCCACAUAGAUGGAUAGAAAUUACCCGGGAACAGGGUUCGGCGAUUUGGGCGCUGGAGCAGGAUGGAGUUACGAGCGAUCGGCCAAAGCAAGUCUUGUCUAUGGGAGUUCCAGAUCAUCCCACCCUGAUUCUGAGCUCCUCCACCGCCAAGCCUACGCCACCCCACACCCUCUGCAGGGCUAUGCCACCAAUCACCACCCAGGGAGCUCCGGCCAAGGCGGGGCUUGGGGAGCAGCUGGACGGAGUUUGGGUCUGUCGGGGCUGUUUGACACUGGCCUGCACCACGCCAGCCCCUCGGCCCCCGACGCCUCAGUCAUGAAUCUGAUUUCGGCAUUGGAGUCUCGGGGUCCUCAGGCGCCCCCCUCGGCCUCUUCCUUGCUCUCCCAGUUCCGCACGCCAUCUUGGCAGACGGCGAUGCACACACCUGCUCCUCCGGAAUUAUUCAUUUCCGGAGCUCUUCCUGGCUCGGGCUCCUUCCCGUCCUCCUCCGCUCUCUCAGCCUAUCAGCACCCAGCUUCCUUUUCCAGCCGCUCCUUUCCCGGCGCCUCGCUUUCGCUCCAGGACACGCCCACGUUCAGCCCCACGUCCAACGGUCUGCUGUCCCCGCACGACCCCUUACUCCACAUCAAAGCCCCCUCCCAGUCCAGCCUGGGUUUCGACAGGCUGCUGUCGUCGCAAGGGGCCGCGGCGGCCGCCUAUCGGGGCGGCCAAGACCCGACGGGCGCCUCGUCGGCCCAGGCGUCCUCUGCCCGACACCUGCAGUCCCACCAAUUUAACCUGCUGUCGUCGCAGCUCCAAGACCAGUCGUCGCAGCUGUACAACGCCUCGGUGUUCUCCUCGGCCCAGCCGCAAGCUCAGUCCCAGUCCCAGUCCAACUCUGCUCAGGAGCGGGCCGUGCCCAGGCAGGACAGCGUCAUCAAGCACUACCAGCGGCCCGCGCCGUCGCAGGCGCAGCUCUCGUCCUCGGCCGCCCACUCCCUACAGCACUACCUCAGCUGCGGGGGGGCGGGCUAUCAACAAAUAGCCGGCCAUCACAGGCACGCCGGCCUUUCUUGCAGCCCGCUGGGCGACCAGAGCCCUUCGUCGGACCACAAAGGCUCCUCUCGUACGGAGCAAUAUCGGCCCAUCAUCCAGCCCCCGUAUUCUUCAUCUUCCUCCUCCUCUUCCUCCUCUGCCGCCAAAGGUAGCAAAAGUAGCUCCAGCAGCGGCUACUCCUCUGCCAGUUCAGCAUCGUCCUCAAGAACUCCUCUCACACCUCCGUCCGCAUCCUCCGCCUCCUCCACCUCGUCGUCGUCGUCGUCCUCCUCCUCGUCCUCCUCUUCGGCCGCUCACCCUCCCAACUCGGCGCCCGCUUCGAACUCCGGCGCGGCCCCCUCCAGGCAGCAACCCCCCACUCAACCGGCCCCGCCGGCCCCGGCCCCUCAGCAGCAACAGGCCCCUCCCACCUCCACUUCGACACCUCAAUCCCUGCCCAAGUCCUGCCUCUCCGGCUACGGUUCUCCCGUGCCGCCCGUCAAAACCCCCACCUCCGCUCUUACCGGUCAGACUCCCCCCCAGCAGCAGGCGCAGUCCUAUUCUCCCAAUCAGCCCCCUACUUCUCACCUCGCUCAAUCCUACGGCGGCUUCAGUUCCCCGCAAGCCCAGGACCUGAGCUCAGGUACCGGUGGAAAAGGCUACGGAAGCCUAGGGGGGCGGAGCCAGUCAUACCCCGCCGAUAUGUACGGGGCCGAUUCGGCUUACGGAUCGCUUCCGCCUUCUCUAGGCGGGGCCGGAAGCCCGUCACUGGGUUACGGCGCCCCGGGCCAUUCCCCCGCGCUUUUAAGAUCGAGCGGUUCAUCGGGUAGCGCGGCAUCCGGCGGAGGAAGCGGCAGCGGUCCGGCCAGUGGAAACUCUUCGUCGGGAGGGGCGGCGGGAAACGGCAUGGCCGGCGAGAGAGGCGCAGGAGGCGGCGGAGGAGCGUCUUAUCACAUUCCCGAUUCUAGUCCCUCCCCAUCCGGAAACUCGGGCAUCAUCCGCCCAGGCCUGCACUCCCCGGUGCCGGCGUGCCCCACGCAAUCCCCCGGGGGCGCGGGUACCAAUAAAUACAUCCCGUCUGUUCUCUCUCCCACUUUCCUCAGCUCCCCGCAGGGCUACCCCGACACCAGAGGUCCGAGCUCCCAGCCUCAGUCUUAUCACGCCGCCUCGUCCAAAACAAAGGCGGACACGUCGAUGCUCGGAGUGGCUUCGCAGCGGUCCCAAGAGGAAGUCGACGACGACGACGAGUUCUUGAUCCAGCACUUGCUGCAGGCGCAGGCCAGUCCCGCCCCCCAGGCUUCUCAUCACCAUUCCCAACAGCAGCCCCAACAGACACCCCAGCAAAGCCAGCCUCAGUCUCAGUCGGCGCCGCCCACUUCUGAUUCUGCCAAAGGGCUCGGCUAUGAAAUGGGAAAGUCCUCUGAGGAAAGGUACCACCCCCAAAGCGUCAUCCGCACCCACACUGCCACGUCCUCUUCUGGGGUGGGAAAUCCAAACUCUGGAGGGUCAAUCUCAGGCCUGGACAGCCAGCUGGAGAUGUCAUUAAAGAAACAGCAGCAGCAGCAGCAGCAUCAUCAUCAACAGCAGCAGCAGCACCAUCACCAACCACAGCAAAGGAACGAGAGGCCCGCCGGGAGCGGCAGGAGUAGUGGGGGGCGAGGCAGCGCCGAACAGGUGCACUCGCACCUUCUUCACCAUGACAACUUGGGCUCAGUAGUCCACUACGGACGAGGGGACCCGUACGCACAGCACUCCCUGGCUCCCCAACACUCCUCCCAUAAUCCGCACGUGUCAUCCCAUUCGCAGAUCGCACCGCACGGCCAGAUGGAGCUGCAGAAGAAGGAGCGCGGCGAAAUCCCCUAUCCUCGUAAAACGCCGGAUGUGCAGCCACAACAUUCUCAGUCUCAAAGCGCCGCGUCUCUUAUGGACUCCCCCGGCGAUCAGUCGCACCAGCCGCCGCACCUCCUGCAGUCCGUGUUGUCCCACACGACCCGCAACAAGAUGGAGCCUCAUGCGCAGCACCACAAGAUGGACGCCCACCAACAGCAUCCGCAGCAGCACCACAAAAUGGAAACGCAUCGGCAACACCAACAGCACCAUAAAAUGGACUCCCACCAAUCGCAUCAGCAGCACCCAAAAAUGGACUCCCACCCGCAGCAUCAGCAACACCACAAGAUGGACUCUCACCCCCAGCAGCAGCAGCAGCAGCAGCGCGCCAUGGGGCAACAACAAGCUGCGAUGGAGAGUGCCGGCGGUCGACUGGGCUCGACUAAACAUCCGGCUCAAGCGCAGUCGCAGACCAGCCAGCUGCAGCUGCAACUGCAGUCGCAGGCGCUAGAGGUGGCGGCGGCUCAUUACAACCACGGCCCCUCGUCGCACCCGCACGAACAAGGCCAAGUCAAACAAAGCUCGGUGGCUUCGUCUUUGGACAUGCUGGAGCGCUCGCUUUCCCAGACCUCCAGCGCCGAUGUGGCCAUCGCGGAGGACGCACGCGGCGGACGCGGCGGAGGAAGCGGCGAGCGCCACCGACAGCAACAGCAGGAACAGCAACAGCAGCAGCAGCAGAGGCAGCACCCGUCUCACCAUCACCCGCAAGCGCACUCGGCCCCCGAACUCCACUCGUUCCUCUCGGAGCCUGAAAUCGCCAUGCCCGCCCCUUCCCACAUGCACCACCUUUCGCAGCCCCCGCAGCAGCACCACCCCCAGCAGCAGCAGCAGCAGCAGCACUCCAGCUCUCAACACCAGCAAGCCCAUUCCCACCACCCUCACCACAUGCCCCCGGCGUCCGCCCCGGCCCACCCCCAAUCUCAGCCCGAUCCGCAGCAGCCGCUGUCGUCCCAGCUCACCCCCCAGCAGAGCCAGUUAGAGCAACAGCGCUCGGAGCAGCACCAGUUUGACACGGUCAGCCCGGUGGAGAAAGCCGACCAAAGCCAACAGAGCAAUCGCUUUGUUCCCCUGACAUCCAUCUGCUUUCCCGACUCCCUUCUCCAGGACGAGGACCGCUCCUUUUUCCCGGGCAUGGAGGACAUGUUUUGCGCGGAGGACUACAAGUCGAGUUGCGCCGGUGCCGCCGGACCAGGCCAGGAGGCGAUGAACGAAAGCCAUGCUGGGCAAGAGGCAAUGGGCUCCAUGAAAGCCGGACAGAGCGGCGGCGGACCCGGGGGGGCCGGGAGCGGCGCCGGCUAUGACAUGAUGGCUCACCAUCAUGGAGAUCAGGGUUACGAGCCUUAUUGUCACAGCUUGGAAGAGCCCGGCAACAAUACGAUGACUCUGGAUCUGGACUCCCUCAAAAGCCACGAGCUGCCCUCCACGGUCAACACCGAACAGCUCGGUUUGAUUCAGUCCCAGAACCCGGCGCUGGCUAUGAGCUCCAAUAACGCUGCGGCUAACAACUCCGCCGCAAAGAUGUCCUCCGGAGCCGGAGGAACGAGCGCGGGGGCGGCUCCGGGGGGCCUCCAGUCGCCAAUUUUCUGCUCGUCUCGUCCCAAAAAGCUCCUCAAGUCGAGCUCGUUUCACCUCUUGAAGGAGCGCAGGGACCCGAACACGCUGCCCAAGAAAAGUUACGCUCAGGAGUACGAGUUUGAAGACGACGAGGAUAAAGCCGACCAGCCUGCCGACAUUAGGUUGAACAGUCGGAGGCUUCCGGAUCUCCUGCCGGAUUUGGUGUCCAGCUGCAGGAAAGGAGGAGGAGGAGGAAGCGGCUCUCUCAGUCCUUUAAUGGGCGACAUUGACUUCUACCACGCCUCCGGCUACCCGUCCAUGGGCGCGCACUCGCUUUUGCCUCAGGACGGCCCCAAGAAGAGAGGCCGGAAGCCCACGCGGCCCAAGAGGGAGGGCCCCCCUCGACCCAGAGGCAGGCCUCGCAUUCGCCCCAUGCCCGAACCUUACACGCCGCGUGGAAUGAUGGGCGAAAUGGGCGGGGCGCUUGGCGGCGGCGGCGGCGGAUUCAGCGUGGAGGGGCGAGGCAGGGGGCGUGGCCGCGGGAGCAGAGGAAGAGGAGGUCGGAGAGAGGACAUGUACAUGGAAAUGAGCGGGAAGGAGCAGGAGCAGAUGCAUCACCACCACCAUCACCAACACCAACAGCAACACCACCAUCAGCAGCAGCAGCAGCUCCAUCAGCAGUCCCAACAGCAUGAACCCAUCCCACCGUUGAAGAUCAAGUUGCCAAUUGCCAUGUCGUCCUCCGAUGCCUUGCUGAGGGCGGACUCUCUGUCUGGCACAGACCCCGCUUUGUCUGAUGGCUCCGUAGGCUCGGCCCCUUCGCUCGGUCUCAGUCCUGGUCCUUGCAGCGCUGACAGCGCCAGGGCGCAGGACAAAAACAAGCAGAAGAGCCAGAUGGCCAACGAAGGAAUGGAUGGGGACGGCCUGGAGGAAAGGGGUGAUGAGAAGGACCCAGAGUCCAAAGCCGGCCUGGUUGCUUCUUUCCUGGACUUCCUCAAGACGGGGAAGAGACCUCCGAGCUUGGACAUUUCCCCCGGAAUGGAAGCGGACGACGGCGACAGCUCCCCGUGCAAAUCGGGCUUGCGGCCGCUCUCCCCGGCGCCUCCUCCUCCGCCCCCGCCCCCGUUCGGGGACGGCGAAGGCAACGGCACCCUCGCCCUGGGCGGCUGCCCCAGCCCCAAGCGCUUGGAGGACGAGCUGAAGAGGAACCUGGAGACCCUGCCCUCGUUCUCCUCGGAUGAGGAGGACUCGGUGGGAAAGAACCAGGACCUCCAGAAGAGCAUCUCCUCGGCCAUUUCCGCCCUGUACGACACUCCCCAGCUGAGCGCCAACAUCCAUCACGCGUUGCCGCCUCCUCAGCCGCAGCCUUGUCCCUCCCCUCUGACGCCCCCGUUGCAGCCCCCCACCCUUAGCCCUCAGACGGACAUUCACGCGCGAGCCCCGCCCAAUGAGCCCUGCGUCCUCCAGCCGGAGGACCAAAACGUGGACGAGGAGAAUGAGCGGGAGAGGAGGACCGCGGGGGAUGAGGAGGCUGACAUGAUGGAGGACAGAGAACCGCAGCUGGAGACACUGGGCGCCCCCAAGCUUGAAGUGUCCUCCCUCUCGGAGCUUCCCGCUCCUGCUGAAGCAACAAGUCCCCUCCCUCCCUCGGUCCCUCCCUCUCCUGCCUCCUCUUCCUCGUCCUCUCCUCCUCCCUCCCCGCUUCCGCCACUCUCGCUGCCUUCGCCUCCUCCUCCUCCGCCCCCGGAGGAACAACGGGAGGCCUCGAAGCCUUCGAGCCCCGUUGCCGCCAAAUCUCAGACGCCGCCGCCUCCUCCCCUGACUGCUACUCUGCCGCCUGACACUCCUCCUCCUCCUUCUCCUCCUCCUCCUCCAUCUCCUCCUCCCACCUCUUCAAGCCCGCCUCCUCCUGCUCAAGCUUCCCCUCAAAAGGAGUCUCCGACACCCUCCCCCGAGUCUGCCGCCUCUCCUGAAGAAGAGCGAGCGCCCCCGAAGAACACCAACUUGCACCUGGCGCAGAAGCAGGAGGACGCGGCCAUCGCGGGAGAGAGUGAGGAGGACGACAGCGAGAGCGGCGGGGAGGGCAUCUUCAGGGAGAGGGAUGAGUUUGUCGUCAGGGUGGAGGACAUCGGAACACUCAAGCUGGCCUUGCAGACGGGCCGGGAGCCUCCGCCCAUCUGGAGGGUGCAGAAAGCCCUGCUGCAGAAGUUCAGCCCGGAGAUCAAAGAUGGACAGAGACAGUUCUGCGCCACGAGCAACUACCUGGGCUACUUUGGCGAUGCUAAAAGACGUUACCAGCGCAUCUACGUCAAGUUUUUGGAGAACGUCAACAAGAAGGACUACGUCAGAGUCUGCUCUCGAAGGCCUUGGCGCAGGGCCACGCCCGCCCUCAGGCGCCAGUCCUUCCCCAGAAUGGCUUCUCCUCCCGCGAACCAAGCCCAACCCAAGGAGGAGCGAUUGACUCCGUCCAGCCAGCGUGAGAAGGAGCAGAAGGAGAAAUGGCGAACGACCCCGCCGCCUCUGAAAGAACAGCGGGAGAAAAAGGAGGUCCCGGCGACGGCGGCCCAGGCCAAGGAGAAGGAGGCCGACAAAGACAAGCGAGCGCAAGCGGCGGAGCGGCGCGCCGCCGAGCGCGGGAGGCCCAAGGACGAGAAGAAAGCGCCGGAGAGGAAGGAGAAACCCGAGCGCCCGCCAAAGUCCAAAGCGGCCAGGGUGAAGGCGGAGCCUCCCCCCAAGAAGCGCAAGAAGUGGCUGAAGGAGGCUCCCUCCUCUUCCGACUCGGACUCGUCGGACGACGCCGCCAGCGACAAUGAAAUGCCCGUGAAAGGCGGCGUCAACAACCGAGCCAUGAGGGAGAUGUUCCGCAGCUACGUGGAAAUGCUCGUCAGCACCGCGCUGGACCCCGACAUGAUCCAGGCCUUGGAGGACACGGACGAUGAGCUUUACCUCCCCCCCAUGAGGAAGAUCGACAGCAUCCUCAGCGAACAGAAGCGCAGGUUGCUGAGGAGAGUCAACAUGAGCUCUCAGCAUCAGGAGGUUGUGCACGCGUACCCCCAGAUCAUCGUGGACCCCUUGGACUCGGGAGCGGUGAGGGUGCAGCUCAGCGGCGACGCCUACAACCGCAAGACCCUCAACAGAGUCAAGAAAACCCUGCCUAAACCACAGGACCUUAAGCUGUCAUCCGACUCCUACCGGAUCUACAGUCUGUACCACUCCCUGCAUCACUAUAAAUACCACACCUUCUUACAGUGCAAGAAAGAGACCAACACGAUCGAGCAGGCGGCCGAGGACCCGGGCCAGGAGGAAGUGGUGCAGCAAUGCAUGGCCAACCAGGGUUGGCUGGACACGCUCUUCGGCUCCUUCAUCGAGCUGCUCACGCUCAGCACCAAAGCCUGAGAUGGACGAGAUGAAUUCAAGUCAGCGGAUAUGAAAAAGAAAAAUAAGGAACACCGUGGAUCCCACUGUACAGAGCCCCUUUCCGCGCCAAACCCUCAAUUUUCUUCAAAUCUCAAAGAUCUGAGGAUGUAUUUUCACGGCCCGUUGUGAACUUGAAGGGCGGGGCGCCAACGAUGGCCACCUUUUUAUUUUUUGUUCUUCUCCUUCUUCUUCUUCUUCUUGAUCAAUGACUAAAGAAACAUGUUUCAUUGUGAGGGGUGGGACCCCACCGGAUUAGGGGUCACGAGCGGGUCAAGAGGAAUCGGACCACCCGCGUCAGGUUGGAAAGCGAGGAGAACGCCAAGUCCUCAAGAGGAGCCACUAACAUCUCGUUAACUGUGCGUCACUAAGACAAUAGCUCAAAGAGAAACGAUUACCGCUUAGUUUUUACAUAAAUUAUUUUUUUGAAAAGACUAACAUCAGCCGUUGGCUUCGGGAAAGACUGAAAGAGGGCGCGAAUGCUUUUUAAACUGCGCGUGGAGUGUGCCGCGAGCAGCGUAAACAUGGACUCGAACCAUUCGAUGUGUUCAUCAAUGCUCUCUCUCUCUCUCUCUCUCUCUCAUCCUGUACGACAUGAAGGGCAGCGCGACUCAGCGGUGUGAUAAUAUAUAAACACAUUUUUAUUAUUUAUAUGAGGUUUUUAACUUAACAAGCGCUGGAUUGCUGCCCUAACAUUUGAACUACUUUUUAUCGUGCAUACCUUCAGUAUCAGACCGUCACCCGCAUAUUCAAGCUGUCUUCCUCUCUCCGCUGAAGAACAGACAACAUUAAGACCGACAUUAUGUAUCAAAUACAGUGGGUGUAAAAUAAUGUUAAGAAAGAAAAGCGUGGGGUUGGGGGGCGAUAUUUGAAACUACAUUGUUGUGCUUCAGUUCAAUCAUCACUCAUGGAAAUGCAAAGAAAAAGAAGUAAACUGUCCAUUUCCUGUGUGGGAAGAAGGAGUAUAAAUAAGUGAUAUUUAAAGAGGAAAUAGUCAUGUCAUUUUUAUCAUUUUGAUGUAUGUGCAUACUUAUUUUGAAAACAAUCUAAUUUUCCAUUUUAAAAAAAAGGACAUAAGGCGUGUAAAUAUUGUACAGUUCUUGAUGAUAUUCUUUGUCAUUCUGUACAUUUAACUCUCCUGUAUUUGAGAAACAAAUAAAAACUGCAAAGAUCA